AUGACCAGCCUCAGCCAGGAAAAGUUUGCCAGCCUUCAUGGCCGCCUCAUGACCAUCCUGUCCGCGGACUCGAGCGACGAUGGGGUCAACAGCGAGGUUUUGUCGGAGAGCUUCGGCGAGGAGUACCCCCUGCUGGUGGACGUCAUCAACUCCCUCCUCGUCGAUAACCGGCUCCAGCUCUCCAAGGGAGAGAACGACACCAUGUGGUACAAGCUGGUGCAGGAAGAGAAGGCCAAGAAGCUCAUGGGGCUCACGCCUGAGCAGAUGAUGAUCUACCAGGUGAUCGAGAAGGCCGGGAACAAAGGAAUCUGGACGCGGGACAUCAAGACGGCGACGAACGUGAACCAGAACACCAUGACGAAGACGCUCAAGUCUCUGGAGGGGAGGCACCUCGUCAAGACGGCAAAGUCCGUCACGAGCAAGAGCAAGAAGCUCUACAUGCUCUACGAGCUCACUCCGGCAAAGGAGAUAACGGGAGGCCCCUGGUACACCGAUCAAGAAUUCGACUACGAGUUCGUCAAGCACCUCUCGAGCUACGUGCUCAGCUACGUCAAAGAACAGGAAACGCCUCCGUUGAAAGACAUCGCGGCGGCCAUCAAGGUGUCGGGCAUCUCCAAGAUCGAUCUCUCCAUGGAGGAGGUGAAGCUGAUCGUGAGCACCCUGGUGUACGACGGUCUCCUGGAGGAGGUCCGAGGAGCCGCGUCCAGGUUCAACAGAGACGCAGGAGAUGGUCCCGUGUACAAGAUGGCGCCAGCGGUGGAGGUCGUGAAUGCGUUUACGGAGGUGCCGUGCGGGACGUGCAAGGUGAUGAAGCACUGCUCCGAGGACGGCGUGGUGUCGCCCAAGACUUGCGUGUACCUGGCGGAGUGGCUCAACCUGCCCAACUCGGACGAGUUGUUUUGACGCCACCGACCGACCUACCGGACUACACCGGUGAUUGGGGCGGCGAAAAAGGAAAAAAGAGCCACCCCGAGUUCCGAUUACCACACAUCCGGAGAGGUAUAUUAAAUUUUCAGCGAGACGAAGCUAGCUUUCGAGUAUCGUAGCUGUGCGUGCGGUGAACCUCGUUCCUUGCCGUGUGGAAUAAUUUACGCUGAACUACGUAAGAGUGUGUUGACGUAAACGUUGUUUUUGUUGUGUUGAUUGUUCGAACGAAAACGUUGUUUUUUUACCGUGAAAGAGAACACGUUCAUUUUGGCUUUGUAUGCAUCAAGUGUAGGCUGUCAGCUGGUAACUACUGCAGGGGUGAUGCGGGAGCUUUAUGCGCGAGUCCUUUAUUUUUUUUGGGGGGGGAGGCGUGUGCGUGUGAGUCUUGGUGUGAAACGCCAGCGAGUUGUUCUCUACCAUGUU